AUGGCGUCUUCAAUCCAAAUUACUGACAAUUUAGUCCAAAAAUUAAGCAGUUCUUCUAUAUCCUCGGUCAAAAAGGCUUUAGCAAUAGUUGCUAAAUUAACUAAGAGAUCGAAUGAGGCUGAUUUGUUUCGAGAAAAAGGUGGUUUGGGUAAAUUAUUAGGGUUCCUAAAAAGACCGAAUAAUUCAAUAAUAGAUAUGGCGAUGAGUGCUAUAGCAAACUGCGCAAUGUUUAAUGAAAACAAAACACAGAUACGGCGAUUAGAUGGCAUUCAACCCAUAGUUUUAGUUUUGAAAAAUCUGAAAUCAAUGAGCAUCAGAAACAGAGCAGCAAGAGCACUUGCAAAUCUUGCAGAGAAUGACCAGAAUGCAAUUGUCAUUGAAGAACUGGGUGCAAUAGAAGAACUUGUCAAGCUUCUCAAUGAAACCACGGAUUCAGAUUGCCAACAAACUGUUCUUCGAGGCUUAAAGAUUCUAAGCACAACUCAGAGUAGUAAAAAGAAAAUAUAUGAAAAUGGAGGUGUGAAAACACUUGUUGAGCUCUUGAAAUCUGACAAGCCAAUUGUAGCUGGUUGCAGUGUUAAGGCUAUUUCAGAGUUAACAAAGAACUGUUCCAAAGAGAUUGCUCAGCAAGUACAGGAAUUCGAAGGCAUUAAGGAAAUUAUCAAGCUUACUAACUGUGACAAGGCUUCAGUGUCUUCUGCUGCUUUCAUGACAACUGUUAAUCUUUGUGUCCAUGCUCAUGUCCGUGUGUCCAUAGGUAGUGAAGGAGGCAUUGCUGUUCUUUACAAGGAAGCAGCAAUGAACUUGUCAAGCCAUAUGGCUCUAAAAGCAUUGGAAGGACUUUGCUAUUGUUGUAGAGAGGCUGUAAAUCGGAACAGAGUUUAUGAAUGUGGAGGAAUUGAACUUUUGUUAAAGCAGCUUUAUUCUUCAGAGCAUCCUUCACUUCAUCGAAAGAUCAUUACUGCUUUUAAUUGUUUCUAUUACCAUGAAAAAUGUCUACAGUUAUUAUUAAAUAAUGGCAUCGUGGCAGCUCUUUUGGCAUACUUGAAGAAAGUUAUUUCAUCAUGUUAUAGUGUUAGUCAUUCUGAAGAUGAUAAUGACCCCUAUGAUCAUGAGAGCUUUACUUCAGACUUCUCAAGCCCAUCAGAAUCACCAAGAAGUACUCAUUCUGUCUUAGAUAACAGUACUAAUAUCUCGUGUAAAGAAGCAUUUCUUGAAGAAGCAGAGAAUCUGGCAAUACAAGUACGGGAUGCAAAAGAAAGCAGUAGAGUCUUAACAUUUAAGAGAAAGCCUCGUAAUAGAGUACUUUCCAGUUCAACACCAACUGUGAAAACAAUUGAUCAAUCACCAUCGCUUUUCAGUUUUUCUUCACUUCAAAGCAAAACUGAGACCACUUCUAUGAUGAGCACUUGUACAUUGUCCAGUACCAGCAUGACGUCUAGGCCAACUGCAAUGCACUCUUUUCCUCAGGGUUUGAUUUGUUCAACACCAACUACAAAGAGCAGCCCUAGCACAGAUGUGUCAAUAGAUAUUUCACCAUUAGAUUUUGGACCAUCGAAUGACAUCAGCUCAACAAGUGAAAGUUGCUGUAAGUUGGAUACUGCUACAUCAUCAUCCACACCUAAAACCACUGAGCAUGAUAGAACAUCCCAUGAAGAUAGUAAAAAGAGUUUAGAUGUUUGUUCUGCAGUGUCCCAAGAUGGAAAAGAGGAUUCCACUAUGGCAGGUAGAAAGCAUCAUCCAUUGGAAGAGCAUUCAAUUAGAAGUACAGAUUCUUCACCUCUGUUGACCCCACCCAAUAAUGAGAAAUCCCACAUUGCUCACCACACCUUUCAUGGGCCUGGCCAUAAUGCAAUAUUACUUUUAUCAAGAUUCUCCCACAUGAGUGAUCAGUCAGGCUUGCCACAUUUACUAACAAGACAGUGCUUCAGUGUUUUACUGGACUACUUGUGCUUGGUGAAUCAUCCUAGCCCAAAGUGUACACGCUUGCUUAACAGUCUGACAUUAGAUCCUCAGUGCUUUGAGAGUCUGGUGGGUAUGGGCAUAGCAUGUGAUAUUCACAGACAACUGUGUUGUGGGUAUAUGAAAGGAUAUGCAUGCAUAAAAGGACAAGAAGCUCAAGACAGUGAAACCACUACUGAUAAAGAAACAGGAACAAAUUCAGAUAUCAACAUCAAGUGUGUACACCCACCACAAAUACACAUCCCUCACAGCUCCAUUACCAGAUGUAGAAGCAUUGGUGAUAAAUUGAUGGAAAACCUAUCCUGUCAGUCACAAACUCCCUUCGGCAAGGGAGUCCUCAUGCACUUGCUGGCAAAGGGAUGUGGUGAAGACUGGCUGGGGUGUGUGCUAAUGCUGCCUCUAGUAUGUAGGUCUGAAAACUUGAGAAAUAAGCUGAUGAUCAAGAAUUAUGGGCUGAAGAUGCUAUGUGACUUACUGGUCUCUGAAAAUGAUGACCAAGUGUUUGCCAAAGUUGUCAUUUCCUUGAAGUAUUUAAGUUCAUCAACUGGGCUUACCCUUGAUGCUUCAACCAAACUCUCCUCUACAGAAAACUACCUGGAAAAUCAAACUCAAAUGAGGAAAAGAAAACUCGAUAGCAAGAAAGCAUCAGAUGAAAUCAGAACCAAGUGCCCAAAACUGGAUCUUACUUCUUCUCCAUAUGACUCCGAUCAUGAUUUUGUUGGAAAUGAAGAUGGCAGCCCCUGCAAGUACUACAACAAUCACCAUGGGCCUUGCAACAUCAAAUUCCAAGUAGACAGUGGGGAACAAAUUCCUGCAGAUCCAAGGAUACUCAGUGGCAUGUCAGAAAUGUUUGCUGCAAUGUUGUCGUCUAACUACAAAGAAGGUUCCAUGUCAGUCAUUCCUAUACACCAAGUGAGUCUGGAUGCACUUACAUGCGUGAUCCACCAUGGCUAUGGCUGCACUCUUUCACUUUCAUUUGAUGGAGAGGACUCAUCAGAGAGCUCUGAAGUCUGCAGACAUCUUCAAGCAAUAUUUGACACCUACAACUCGAAAAGCAGAUUCCAGUUCAUGGUCGAAUUGUUAGCCAUAGCUGACAGGUUUCUCAUGGCAAAGUUGAAGUGCCUCGCUGAAAGACUCUUGAUAAGCCUUGCCACUGAAUCAAACAUUGUCUCACUCAUCCUUUCAGCAGCUCACUACCAUUCAAAAACCUUGUGUGAAUUUGGGUUGAGCUUUCUUCUUUUGAAAGUGUCAGACCUACAACACCAGUUUCAUGCAUUUAGAGAUAUUUUCAGAUCUCAUGACAAAUGUAAAUUGCUUGACAUUUUGUAUGAAGUUCUGUCUCAUCAGUUUCAAUAGCAACAAUGAUUUGAAGUCAGAACAGAGGCACCACCCUAAGCUCAUCAUCUUGGUCAUUGCACUCAAUCUAUCUGUGAACAAAGACUAACAACUGUACAUCAGUAUCAGAAAUUAAUUUAUUACUCAUUUUUAUUAUAUAAUUACCAAAGAA